AUGGCGAUGCAGCUUGAUUUGUCUCAAGCGUCGGUGAUGAAGGAUGAGCAGGGCCGGCCGUUCAUCGUUGUCCGGGACCAGGGAAAGAAGAAGAGACAACAUGGCACGGAGGCCGUGAAAUCGCACAUUGUCGCUGCCAAAACGGUUGCCAACAUCGUGAAGACUUCUCUGGGUCCACGUGGUCUCGACAAGAUCUUGAUCUCUCCGGAUGGUGAUAUUACGGUAACGAACGAUGGCGCAACUAUUCUUGGGCAGAUGGAAAUCACGAACAACGUUGCCAAGCUGCUGGUCGAACUCUCGAAAUCCCAAGACGAAGAAAUUGGGGAUGGUACCACUGGUGUUGUCGUUUUGGCGGCGGCUAUGUUGGAGCAGGCCGCGGAUUUGAUUGACAAGGGCAUUCACCCCAUCCGGAUUGCGGAUGGAUACGAUACCGCCUGUGAGAUCGCCAUUGAACAACUCGAUAAGAUCAGCGACGAAAUACCCUUCUCAAGAGAGAACACUGAGAACCUGCUGAAGGUCGCAAAGACCAGUUUGGGUAGCAAGAUUGUCUCCAAGUCUCACGACCAGUUUGCGCAGAUCGCCAUCGAUGCCGUUCUCUCCGUUGCCGAUCUUGAGCGUAAGGACGUCGACUUCGAGCUGAUUAAGGUUGAUGGCAAGGUUGGAGGUGCUCUUGAGGAUUCCCUUCUGGUGAAGGGUGUUAUUGUCGACAAGGACUUCUCCCACCCUCAGAUGCCCGACGAGGUGACAGACGCAAAACUGGCGAUUCUCACCUGCCCGUUCGAGCCCCCGAAGCCCAAGACCAAGCACAAGCUUGACAUCACAUCGGUCGACGAAUUCAAGCGGUUGCAAAACUACGAAAGCGAGACGUUCAAGGAGAUGAUUCAGAACCUGAAGGACGCAGGCGCCAACCUUGUUAUCUGCCAGUGGGGUUUCGAUGACGAGGCAAACCACCUUCUGCUCCAGAAUGAGCUUCCCGCUGUCCGGUGGGUUGGUGGCCCCGAAAUUGAACUGAUUGCCAUCGCCACGAAUGGUAGAAUUGUCCCCCGUUUCGAGGACCUGAGCUCGGAGAAGCUGGGAACUGCUGGCCGUGUUAAGGAAAUGACUUUCGGUACUACUCGGGAGAAGAUGCUUAUCAUUGAAGAGUGCGCCAACAGCCGUGCGGUGACUGUUUUCGUCCGGGGAAGUAACAAAAUGAUCAUUGAUGAAGCCAAGCGAUCGCUACACGAUGCUCUGUGCGUCGUCCGCAACUUAGUCAGAGACAACCGGGUUGUGUACGGUGGUGGUGCCGCUGAAAUUGCUUGCUCGCUUGCCGUCGAGGACGCUGCUGUCAAGAGCCCUGGUAUUGAGCAAUAUGCUAUGCGCGCAUUCGCUGAUGCGCUUGAUGCCGUGCCAUUGGCCUUGGCCGAGAACUCUGGCUUGAGCCCUAUUGAGACCCUCGCAUCUAUCAAGUCGCGCCAGGUCAAGGAAAACAACUCCCGCUUGGGUGUCGACUGCAUGGUGACUGGCAACAACGACAUGAGAGAGCACUUCGCUAUCGACCCAUUGAUCGGAAAGCGCCAGCAGUUGUUGCUGGCCACCCAGCUGUGCCGUAUGGUUCUCAAGAUCAACAACGUCAUCAUUUCCGGCGACGAUGACCAAGAAUUCUAG